UUAAAAGAAAAUACAUCGGGCUCAGGAUUUACAGAUACUGUGCACGUGGGAGCUGUAGAGGAAAUUCGAAAUGUAAAUAACAUGCACUGGAUUGUGGACAUGUUUAUGCUGUCCAUUUAAACUGGAACCUGAAAACUUUUAUAUUUUCAUUGAUAGAGGUUCUUUUGUUGAUCAGUUUUCCCGUAAGAGAGGCAAAUGGAUAAUACACAGACAGAACACUCCAGCCUUUGCAGGAAGAAGCGCAAGAAGGAAAAGGACAGAACUAAGAAACAAAAGAACUCCAAACGAGAGAAGAAAUGUGACGACAAAGGGACAGAAGAACUUACGAGAGAUGAAUCAUAUGUUAUCCAGAAAAAAAGAAAAAAGCAUGGGAAAAAGAACAGUGAAGAGGAGGAGGUAAUGACUGAUAAUGAUAUAAUAUCAACAUCAGAUGGCAAUAAAGAGGAAAAAGCUAAAAUACAAAGAGAAACAGAUAAAGAGGCAGAGGCAGAUUCUGGCUUGGAAAGUCACACAAAGAAAUCAAAGAAAAAAUCUCUGGAAAGUCACACAAAGAAGUCAAAGAAAAAGAAACAGAAGAGAAAAAUUGAGAUGGAGAAAGAUGGGCAGGAAAAUUUAGUAUCUGAAUCAGAUGCACGUGAAGAUGAAGAGCGUGUUUCAGUCCAAAAGAAAAGAAAGAAAUUAAAUGAAACACAGAUAGACUUUAAGGAAAAAGAUAAAGCAAAUAACAUUGAAUCUGAGGUUGUUUUAACUAAAAAAUCUAAGAAGAAAAAGAAAUCAAAAAAGGACCAAGACAAAACUGAGUCUAAACUGGACCACAGCAAAACUGCUCUGAAAGAGAUGAAUGGGGAGACAGAUAUUGACUCGAGCUGUAAGAGGAGUAAAAAGAGAAGCAAGGGAAAACAUGAACAGGAAAAGGACACUGUCAAUCUCAAGGAAUCGGUAACUCCUGACAAAAGAACAAAGAAAAAGAAACACAAAAACGAUGUUGUACACCAAAAAGAUAUUAAUGUUACAGAGGCAACUGACAAUACUGAGACAGAUAAAUCAGAAAGCCCAAAAAUCAAGAAAAGAAAGAAAAUCAAGGGAGAAAAACUGGAUACAGUUGAAGAGCCAGCUAGUAAAAAGUCUAAAGACAAUGAAGUAAAGGUUAUGAAUGGAGAAAAAGCAGGACUUCAAAACUCUGAAUCAGCUUACUGUGGGCAGUGGACUACAGCAUCACUGGGGGACCAACAGCGACAGAAUAAGUUCCUAAGACUUCUGGGAGGCUUUAAGGCGGCCAAAGGGGAGAAAUCUCCUCUGUCUGCCCUGGGGGAGAAGUCUGGCAAUGUGGCCAUGACCCAGAAUCAAGAGGAUGUUUAUAUGAGGAGCAUGGAGGACCAUUAUGGAAAAGCCAUGACCUUCAACAAGAACAGAGGUCUGGGCCUGGGAUUUGAGAAACCACCAUCAGAAGGAAAAAAGUUCCAUAUUGACAAAAAUGUGUCAAAAUCAAAGAAGUUUGACGAUUAAUGUCAACUGAAACAUAGAGAAAUGUAACUCUAUUUGAAAUUCAGUGGAUGAUAAAAUCUUAAGUUGUGCACCAUCCAACAUUUUAUAAAAUAUUGUCAAUGUUAAUAACACAAGUUAUUUUAAGUUUAUUCAGUGUCAACUUGAU